AAAUACCAAGUAUCGAUACUUUAACGAUAUUCGUACCCCUCGUGCAACAGUUAUUGAGUGGCCUCAACGUGUUUUGCUUCCAAACAACUCAAAAUAGACUGCGCCAUGCAAAAGCAAAAGGGCAAAGGUCCUGGAAGACCAGGACCCCGGCCGCCGCCCAAGCAGGGCACCAACCACAAGCCGAACAAACAGCACAAUCAGAAACGGGCCAAGGAGCUGUCACGCUCCAAAUUGGCCGCAACCGAAACGGAAAUCCAGGAGCUGCGUGCCAAGUACGAUGAAAUUGAUGCAAACAGCAUCGAAAGAUUUGCACAAUUCCCGCUGUCGCAGAAAACGCAAAAGGCACUAGCCGAAUUCAAGUACACAACGCCCACAGAAGUGCAGCGCCAGAGCAUUGGACAUGCGCUGCAGGGCAAGGAUGUGCUUGGUGCUGCCAUAACCGGCAGCGGCAAAACGUUGGCCUUUCUCAUACCCGUCCUGGAGCAUCUGUAUAUGAACAAAUGGUCACGCUCGGAUGGUGUGGGCGCCAUCAUCAUAUCGCCAACGCGCGAACUGGCCUACCAAAUAUUCGAGACGCUGAAGAAGGUCGGCAAGCAUCACGACUUCUCAGCGGGUCUCAUUAUUGGCGGCAAGAAUCUAAAGUUUGAGCGCACGCGCAUGGAUCAGUGCAAUAUACUGAUAUGUACACCGGGUCGUCUGCUGCAGCAUAUGGACGAGAAUCCGCUGUUUAAUACGACCACCAUGGAAGUGUUGGUGCUGGACGAGGCGGAUCGCUGCCUGGACAUGGGCUUUCAGAAGACACUCAACUCGAUUAUUGAGAACUUUCCGCCCGAUCGUCAAACAUUGUUGUUCUCGGCAACGCAAACGAAUACGCUGGAGGAUCUGGAGCGACUCAAUCUGAAGGAUCCCGUAUAUGUUGGCUAUGGAGCAGCUAAGCCCACGGCUGGUGACACAAAAUCUGGCGCGUCGUCGGCGGUUUUGGCCUUGCCCGAGCUGCUGCAGCAGAGCUAUGUGGUGCUGCCGCUGGAGGAGAAAAUAACCAUGCUCUGGUCGUUCAUCAAGAAUCAUCUGAAGCAGAAGAUUAUUGUGUUUGUGUCCAGCUGCAAGCAAGCCAAAUAUCUGUACGAAAUAUUUUGUAAAUUGCGUCCAGGCGUUGGCCUCCUCGCGCUCUAUGGCACCCUGCAUCAGGAUCGACGCAUUGCCAUUUACGAGGACUUUCUGCGCAAGAGCCAUGUGGUCAUGUUUGCCACAGAUGUGGCAUCACGUGGCCUAGACUUUCCGGCGGUCAACUGGGUGCUGCAGCUCGACUGUCCCGAGGAUGUGUCCCAGUACAUCCAUCGAGCGGGUCGCUCGGCGCGCAACAAGGCACGCGGGGAAUGCCUUCUGGUGCUAACGCCCAGUGAGGAGGACUACAUGAUUGGUACGUUGCGCGAACAGCUGAAUGUGGAAAUACGCUGUGUGCACAUCGAUCCCAAGAAGCUAUUCUCGCCGCGCGUCAAAAUCGAGGCGUUCCUAGCCCAAUUUCCGGAGUUGCGCGCCUCAGCACAGCGCGCUUUUCUCGCCUAUCUAAAAUCUGUGUUCCUUAUGCGCAACAAGCGGCUCUUCAAUGUGCUCAGCCUCGAUCUGGAUGCCUAUGCGCAGUCGCUGGGCUUGGCGGUCACGCCCCGUGUGCCCUUCAUUGAGAAACUCAAGUGGCGACAGAAGCAACAGGCGGCACAGCCGGAUCAGCCGGAGCCGGAGCUGAAGGCCCCAUCAACAAGCUUUGGUGGUGGCGAUGAAGAGGAGGAAGAGGAAGCGGACGAUUUUAUUAAGAUCAAACGACGGGAUCAUGAUGUUGAGGGUGCAGCUGUCGACCUGAAGCCACCGGGCGCAAAGGCAGAGGAGCAGGAGUCAGAGGAGCCGCUGGUGGUGCCCAAGCGCGAGAAGCUGGUGACCAAAGCAGCGCUGGCCAAGAAGGCAAUCAAGAAGAACCUACAAGUCAAUUCCAAGCUCAAGUUCGAUGAGGAUGGCCAAACGCUGGCCGACGAGCGCAAUCAAAUGAAGGCGCUGACAGCCAGAGAGCAGAAGCAGCACCAGCAGAAGCAAAAGGACGACGAUGGCGGCAUCAAUCUAAUGCUAUCCAAGGCGCUGCUCAAUGAGGAGGAUCAAUAUGAUAAGCAGCGUUUCCGUGAGCUGGUCAAGAAGCGGCACAAGCUGCAGCGCGAAAAGCUACGCAAAAAGGCGGAGCGACAGCACAGCGACGAGGAGGAUGAGGACGAAGAUGAUGAAGACCAGCAGCAGCAGCAGCAACAGGAUGAAAUGGAAAGCGAGAGCGAGCAGUCUGUGGAUUUGUCCUGGCUGCCAGAUCCGGAUAAGGUGUAUAAAAAAAGAGGAAAUGAUGACGAGGACGAAGAGCAGCAGAUGGAUGACGAUGAUGAGGAUGAAGAUGACGCUGACGAUGACGAUGACGAUGAUGAGCCAGCCUUUAAGAAGUCCAGGAUAACAGACAAGCUAACGCUGCUGGACACCGAGGCCAUAGCGGCCAAUUUGCUGGCCAGCUAAGCAUCAUUAUAGUUGAAAAUCCUUAACAGAAAUCUAUUUAAUAAAUGAAAACAACAAAUGUAAAUGCUUCACAAAUA